CAAGAUGGCGGCGCCCGUGCUGAGACCCCUGGGCCGCGUUCGGCCGCCGGGGGUCUGGCUACGAGGGUCGCGUGCGGUGCGGCCGGGCGCGCGGGGGCUGCUGGCGGCCCCGAGGGCCCGCGGCCUGUUCAAGGAGUUCUUCCCCGAGAGCGGCACGAAGACAGAGCUCCCGGAACUCUUCGACCGCCGCAGGGCGGGCUCGGCCCCGCAGACGGUGUACUGCGGCUUCGACCCCACGGGCGACUCGCUGCACGUGGGUCACCUGCUGACGCUCUUGGGGCUCUUCCACUUCCAGCGGGCCGGCCACAACGUGAUCGCGCUCGUGGGCGGCUCCACGGCUCUGCUGGGGGACCCCAGCGGCCGGAGCAAGGGGCGCGAGGCGCUGAGCGCCGAGUGCGUGCGGGCCAACGCCACCGCCCUGCGGCGAGGGCUCGAGGCCCUGGCGGCCAACCACGCGCGCCUCUUCGCGGACGGCCGGCCCUGGGGCUCUUUCACGGUGCUCGACAACGCCGCCUGGCUCCAGAAGCAGCACCUAGUGGAUUUCCUGGCCACGGUGGGCGGCCACUUCCGCAUGGGCACUCUGCUGAGCCGGCUGAGCGUGCAGUCGCGUCUCAAGAGCCCCGAGGGCAUGAGCUUGGCCGAGUUCUUUUACCAGGUGCUCCAGGCCUAUGACUUCUACUACCUUUUCCAGCACUACGGAUGCCGGGUCCAACUGGGCGGAUCGGAUCAGUUGGGCAACAUCGUGUCUGGCUACGAGUUCAUCCACAAGUUGACUGGAGAAGAUGUGUUCGGAAUCACUGUACCUUUAAUUACAAGUACAACUGGAGCAAAGCUGGGAAAGUCUGCUGGCAACGCAGUUUGGCUAAACAGAGAGAAAACAUCACCGUUUGAACUUUAUCAGUUCUUUGUCAGACAGCAAGAUGAGUCUGUAGAAAGGUACCUGAAGCUUUUCACUUUCCUUCCCCUCCCAGAGAUCGAUCACAUUAUGCAGCUACAUGUCAAAGAACCAGAAAAGCGAGUUGCUCAGAAACGACUUGCUGCAGAAGUAACAAAGCUUGUUCACGGACAAGAAGGUCUGGACUCUGCUAAAAGGUGUACACAAGCCCUUUACCAUAGCAGCAUAGAGGCACUGGAGGUCAUGUCUGACCAAGAGUUAAAAGAAUUGUUUAAAGAAGCUUCAUUUUCUGAAUUAGUUCUUGACCCUGGAACGAGUGUCAUAGACACGUGCCGUAAAGCAAAUGCCAUUCCUGAUGGCCCUCGAGGGUAUCGGAUGAUAACAGAAGGUGGAGUCAGUAUAAAUCACAGACAGGUGGUGGUUAACAAGGAGAUCCACAGUGGCCAAGAUGCAGAGAAUAAGACAUUGUACAAUGUUUCGCCCUAAGUGGAGCACCUAUAUCUCCUCCCAAGAAUAAAGGACCAUUGCAGAAGAGAUGUGGAUACAAAGAAACAAUUUUGGACACAGUAGUGCAGCUGCAAAUAUGAACUCGGCAGUUGUGACAGCAUGCACAAGACUGGUGCAAGCUUAAUCCUGACCACAAUUCAGUGUGAGUAGAGAGAGGUGUGGGAUACAAAGUCUCAUGGCUAGCAGAGGAGCUAGUGGCAAUUCUCAGCUGCUGGGAGAGGGUCAGAGCAUAGCUGCCGACAGUUUAGCCAAGCUCUAGUAGAAGGCCAUACACCCAGGAAUAUCAAGCAACACAAAUUGGCCUUGACUGGGGAAGGAAAAAACAAACACAAAUUUGGGUGAAAAAGGGAGGGAGCAUAAAAACAAAAA